CGCUAGAUCUGAUGGUCCUCCCCCUCAUCAUCAUAUCAUCCAACUCAAUCACACACACAUCUCACACUUCCUUUUCACCUCGAUUAAAUCACAAACCACUCCAUUACUGUGUGUGUUUUUGUGCCUCACUUCACAUCUUAUUAUAAAACCCUAGCUACCUCUUCUUGCAAUCUUGAACUCAAUAACUGUUAAAUGGGAGAGGAGGUAAAGAAGCCGGAGGAAGAGGUGAAACCACCUGCCGGAGAUGAGAAAAAGGGAGAGGAGUCAAAAGACCCGCCACCGCCACCGCCGCCGCAAGAGGUUGUUUUGAAGGUUUUUAUGCAUUGUGAAGGUUGUGCUAGAAAAGUCCGGCGAUGUCUUAAAGGCUUUGAGGGUGUUGAAGAUGUUGUGACGGAUUGUAAGACUCAUAAGGUGGUAGUGAAGGGAGAAAAGGCGGAUCCAUUGAAGGUUCUAGACAGAGUCCAGAAGAAAAGCAACCGGAAAGUUGAGCUUCUGUCGCCGGUACCAAAACCUCCGGCGGAGGAGCCCAAGAAGCCGGAAAAAGAAGAGGAGCCUCCUAAACCGGAGGAGAAGAAAGAUGAGCCGCCGCCGGUGGUUACGGUGGUCUUGAAAGUUCACAUGCAUUGUGAAGCAUGUGCUCAAGAAAUUAGAAAACGCAUUCUUAGGAUGAAAGGGGUUGAAAGUGCGGUCCCGGACCUAAAGACCUCACAAGUGGCAGUGAAAGGCAUUUUUCCGGCAGCCGAGCUGGUGGACUACGUGACCAAAAGAACCGGAAAACGCGCGGUGAUCGUGCCGCAAGAUCCCGUUAAGCCGGAAGAAGACAAGAAGGAAGAGAAAAAACCCGACGACGGUAGCGAGAAAAAGGAAGAGAAGAAAGCCGAAGAUGGUGCUGCUACAGAAGAAGCAGCACCAUCACCGGAUGAUCCGGUAGCGGCAUUGUUGGAUAUGAGGAAAAAUGAAUAUUUUUAUCAUCAACCAGUGAAUUACCAUUUAUACCCUUCAAGAUAUGCCGCUGAAGCAGCGUAUGCAUACCCACCAGCGCCACAAAUGUUCAGUGAUGAAAACCCCAAUGCAUGCAAUGUUAUGUAAAUAAUGAGGGUAAAAUUGGGAUUUUAUAUGGAAGUUGUAUUGUGUAAUGGGCUACAUGUGGACCGGUAUGGAAUGUCAAAUUGUGCAGAAAAAGCUGUAGAAUUUUGUGAGUCCUUUAUUAAUUUUAGAAAAGAAUAAUGUUUCUUAGCUGCAAA